UGUAUAGACAGCAUGCGUUUCUCCAGAGGCGCCGACGCGGGACCGCUGGGCAACUCCAGUUCGUGGUGGCCUCUGGCUGCCGAUAGUGCCAACACGAGCCAGGAAGUAGAUGCGCUUGGGGAAGGUGGCGGAAGUCCCCCGGGAGACCGGCGCAAUGAGGAACUGGCCAAGCUGGAGAUCGCGGUGCUGGCGGUGACUUUCGUGGUGGCCGUGCUAGGCAACAGCAGCGUGCUUCUGGCGCUACACCGCACACCGCGCAAGACGUCCCGCAUGCACCUCUUCAUCCGACACCUCAGCCUGGCCGACCUAGCUGUCGCCUUCUUCCAGGUGUUACCGCAGCUGUGCUGGGACAUAACCUACCGUUUCCGCGGACCCGACUGGCUGUGUCGCGUGGUGAAACACCUGCAAGUGUUCGCCAUGUUCGCGUCGGCUUACAUGCUGGUAGUAAUGACCGCAGACCGGUACAUUGCCGUGUGCCACCCGCUCAAGACUCUGCAGCAGCCGGCACGCCGCUCGCGCUUCAUGAUCGCUGCCUCUUGGGUACUGAGCUUCGUGCUGAGCACGCCACAGUACUUCAUCUUCUCCAUGAUCGAGGUGAACAAUGUUACCAAAGCUCAAGACUGCUGGGCCACCUUUAUUCAGCCCUGGGGCACCCGAGCCUAUGUGACCUGGAUGACAAGCGGCAUCUUCGUGGCUCCCGUGGUCAUCUUAGGUACCUGCUACGGCUUCAUCUGCUACCACAUCUGGCGCAACAUCCGCGGAAAGACCGCGUCGCGCCAAAGCAAGGGCGCAAGCGGCGCGGAGGACGCCCUCCAUAAGGGGAUUCUGGUAGCGCCCUGUGUCAGCAGUGUGAAGACCAUUUCCCGCGCCAAGAUUCGCACCGUAAAGAUGACUUUUGUGAUUGUGACGGCUUACAUCCUCUGCUGGGCUCCUUUCUUCAUCAUCCAGAUGUGGUCGGUCUGGGAUGAAAAGUUCAUCUGGACCGAUUCAGAAAACCCUUCCACUACCAUCACGGCAUUACUGGCUUCCUUGAAUAGUUGCUGCAAUCCCUGGAUAUACAUGUUUUUUAGUGGCCAUCUCCUGCAAGACUGUGUCCAAAGCUUUCCAUGCUGCCACCACAUGAAGCAAAAAUUCAACAAAGAUACCGACAGUAUGAGCAGAAGACAGACUUCUUAUUCUAACAACCGAAGCCCAACAAAUAGUACCGGUACAUGGAAGGACUCACCUAAAUCUUCCAAGUCCAUCAAAUUUAUUCCUGUUCCAACCUGAGCCCCAAGUUCAUGCUGCCUGGCUCUUGUAAUUGACUUUUUGGUCCA